AAGGUUAAAUGCAGACUAGAUAGAGAUUGGCACUUGCAACGGAAGCCAAUUAGCAAUGGCCGUGGAAGAGCUUGAGGAAAGGGAACAGCAGGAUGAAGAAGUACCAGAGCUGCUGGAGCUGAUUGAUGAGGUUGAGACAACAAGUGACUUAUCCGAGACGAUUCAAAAGAUUGGACGUCGUUUGCGGGCCACUCCGGAUGAUCGAGAUUUGUUGAGCGACUUCGAGGGCAUCAAUCAGAUCUGCGAGAGCUUGAGUAAAGCUCACUGGCGGGGUGAAGCCAUGCUCUCAUUUUGCCGCAUCAUGCCCGAGGUUUGUCGUACAAGUUUGGUCAAUCGAGGCUCUUUAAGGGAUGCUGGCUUUUUGAUUGCAACAGUGAAGAUGCUGCAAGAUGCACAGGAAACAAAGGAUGAAGCGAGGCUGCUUGCUGGUUGCAUAUCCAUUGCAGCAAUGUGCACUGCCAAUGAUGCCAACAAACAAGUCGCAGCACACCUCAUCCAGGAAAAGUCUGUUGAGGACUCUGACGAGACACCCUUGCGUGGGGCGAUCUUCAUUUUGAUGGAUGUUUUGGAAAGCUUCCCUCAGAGUGUUCACUUGCAAGCCGAGGCUAUGGCAGCUCUCCGAUCAUUGGUGGUAGACGAUGACAAUCGAAAAUCUGAAUGUAUGCCCUCAGCCCUGGAGAAUCGUGAAGUGCUACUCACCGAAGAGAUGUACCAAAGAGUGCGAACGGUUCUUCAGGAGACAUCUCAGAUUCCUGGGCAGUCCGUGAAGCUUACAGAGCAAACUUUGCUUCUCCUGCGGGAAAUUGCUAGGGGCCAGGAACGCAUUCAGGAGUUGGCCAAGCCCAGUAGCAAGCUUUUGCCAUAUGUCCGAAACUCACUGGCAUCAACUGAAGCAAGACUGGUUCGUGCUGCCCUAUCCGUUUUGCGGGCCUUUGCUUUUUGUGAAGAUGUCCGAGAUGAGCUCUCAUUGUCUUGCGAAACCAAAGGAUAUGUCGAAGCUGUGCGCACGCAGUUGGCAGCCCCCGUGGUUUGUGAACAGGGCUUUGGUUUGCUCGCAAAUUUGACUUUGCGUAAUCCUGCUAUGGCGUCUUUUCUGAACGACGCUGACCAUCAAAUCAUAUCAUUGGGUCAGCUUGUCCUUCAGAAGCAUACAGACAGGCCUGAUGUGGCCAAGUCUGUGAUUCAGCUGUUCUGGAGCGUUUCUCGGCAAAACCCAAAGGCGCUUGCUGAGGUUCGUGAGUCUGAGAUGUUUCUGGCACUACGAAAACUUGUGGCAGAUCAUCAAGAGGAUCAGCGGUGGCAUAGCGCUGUUGAGGUGACUCGUCAGUUCCUCCGAGAAUUCAGAGAGGAUGAUGGAGUGCAGAAGAAGCCAGUUUACAACGAAUUCUACUGAUAUGAAUUCGGCCAAAAGAGCCAGCUCAAAACAAACCGUUCUGUACGGCCCCAUUUGCAUGAGA